UAGUAGCCUAGCCUACGUGUCAGUUAUAAAACAGGUAUGACAAUCAGCACUUUGAUAUGCAAUUUCCCACAAAAAAACGCAACUAACAGAGUUCACAGGCCAAAUAACCGAUGCCCGAAUUUCCGGGGCAUCGAUCACAAAAAACUGAUAGAUUAUUUAAUGUGGCAAGGGGAACAGACGUCAAAAAAUUAAGACAUAUGCCGAACACCAACAAACUGCAUCGGCACAGAGGAACAGCGAUCGCGAAACGAAGGUCACUGAAGCUUAGGGUCAGACGGCCACUUAACAAGAUGGUUGCUAAAAUGACUAGCUACCCCAAAACCAAGGCCUAAAAACGACCGCAGAAUUUAAUCAACACAUUAAAAUGGCCUUUUAAAACCUCGGCUAGUGACGGUUAACAAGCCAGCAAGACCCAAAGAAUGCUUUGAGUUUUGUUUAUACUCCUAAAAUAUGGUUCUAACCAACCAGUCUAGAAACCGAGGUGAUUCUGGCUAUGUUUGGCCUUGAAGUUGAACGUCGGAGUAGUCAUCGAAAUUUCGUCUGACUAAAAUAAAACAAAAUCCACAGGUAUCGUUGGUCUUCCUGCCACCAUAGUUCUUGCGAUUCGGAAAAAAACGUUCAUUCGUGCCGUAUCGUUCACAUUCGGUUAAACAUCGAAUGGAUUGGCCUGAUAGUUUUCGGGACCGGUUGUUUAAUGGAACUUCAUGAGAGUGAGCAGAAGUGGGUGAGAGAAAUCUCACGCACACCUUCGCCUUACCUGUGAUACUGGGCUCUGUGACCACUCACCGACAUCUGUACAACUCGCCAGAAGUUCCCGAGGCUUCGGCCUACAUCUUAUCUCAAUCCUCCUGGCCUGAUCCCGGUCCUUUGGACGGCAAGCAUGUUUAAAAAUGGUAAGACUCGUUGUCCACGGCUCCUCUGUUUGACCCCUUCAACCUAUACGCUAAGCGGUAGCCAUCUAACUGUAGGAUCGGCCUUAUUCGACGUCACGUCCUGGUUUUUUUCAGCUCAAUACAGUUUUUUAGUUUAAUGCGCUGGCAUAGGUAAUUGCAUUAAAAAAUUAAGUGGUGUAAUUAUAAGGGGCAUUUUUUUUUAAUGUGUGGAAUCCGGUCGAUGCAUAAUUUUCCAUACAUUAUUUCACUGGGGAUGCUAACAUAAAAAUUUGCACUUCAGUUGUUUAGGAGCAACUGCAGCAUGGCAUAUAUCCUAACCUGGGAAAUGCACAGAUAGACUCCAACAUAUGCUAUUGCGUAUGCACCCUGUCGUGCAAUGACAAGUGCUCUUCAUGAUUGCAGCCAAUCAAACCCUCCCCCCCAACUAGUCCAUGGUAUCAAGCCCCCCCCAAUCCUGAUUAUCAGCCAAUGCCAUCCAAACAGUCUACAUGGCCUGAUUCUAACAGGUGAAGUAUCUGUCACUCAAUGUACUUUUAUAUAACUUUUUAUUCGCUGCACCACUGGCAGUAGAAUGAGUAUUACAGAUAACCAAUCACCCUUGAACGCCGUUAAUCUUCCAUGACGUCAGAACAUGCGUUAUUUGGGCUAAUUGCACCUGUCAAUUGGCAUUUUAUCGUAUGGUUAGAUCUGUGAGAAAAAAACAGGUCUGUCAGUCAGGGAAAUCUGGCACUAUUUAUUAGAUCUGUAGCUCAAUAAUUCAUACUUUUAUGGAAGCCAACAACGUUGUUUGAUCCCGAAAGCUUAGCCUACUAGUUACAACUAGGCCCAUACCAUCUUGCUCUCAGACAGCAACUCUCAACAUCAUGCAGUUAUGAUAAACGAGAGCAAGUAAAUGUCCCAUAACAAAAAACGUUUGCUAACAAUACAGCAAGUGACAACAAAUUCAGUCAAAUACACCAAAUCGUCCACUCUAAAAAAAAAAAGGAACCUGUUUGACGAGAAAUGAAACUUUUCAGCCGGCAAAUUCCCUUUCGCUCAGUUAAAUGCCUUUUAAGCGCAGUCAAGGGAAACGAAGAGCUUUGCCGCGUGCCCCUUGACCGCCUCUUAUCUUAUCAGCAAGCCUGCGAGAAUUACUCACCGCCGUGCCGCGGUUACGGUCGCGCUCUCUCGCUCCCGAGCCAGAAUUCCAGCGGGUCCGUCUCGCCGGGCCGGGUAGGAGUGUCAGCGAGAACCGACUUUUUUAUUACUCUGGCCAUGGAUCAAAGUCCGUCGCCGGAUCUCCACCGAGCGUCAGUCGGCUUUUUCCCGGAGCUGUGGCGCUGCGGCUCACCGUCUGCCUCUCCCCGUUCUCUCCCUCUCCCGCUCCCCCCGGGUCUUGACCCCCCUGCUGCGAGAAAGCAGUGACUGACCUCCCCUUCACACCAAACAUGAGCAUCUCACCCUUCUGUCCGGACCAGCUUCCGCCCGCGACUUUUUGGCCUGCGGACUAUGAGCAGAGUUUGCUGCUGAAGGACAGACCUUCCACAUCCCAGGAUCUGGGAGCAGAGCCAGACUCGGGGGACCCCCAGGGGGAGGCCUGCCCCAUCUGUGGGGACAGAGUGUCAGGAUACCACUAUGGCCUGCUCACCUGUGAGAGCUGCAAGGGUUUCUUCAAGCGCACGGUGCAGAACAACAAGCGCUACACGUGUGCGGAGAGGCAGAGCUGCCCCGUGGACGUGGCCCAGCGCAAACGCUGCCCCUACUGCCGCUUCCAAAAGUGCCUGACUGUGGGCAUGCGGAGAGAGGCGGUGAGGGCCGAUCGAAUGCGGGGCGGGCGGAAUAAGUUCGGGCCGCUGUACCGCCGCGACCGGCAGCGGAAGCAGCGGGGGGAGGAGUGCCCCGCCUACAGGGUCAAACUGGAAGCCACGCCCACGCAGCCAGCCGCUGCGUCACAUGACCUUCACCCGCUGCCCAGCCCCGCCCCGUCGCCCCACGCUCCCAGCUCCUUUCACCAGCUGCAGCCCGUGGCCUCCGGCGUGGGCCAAUCGGACGGCCUCGUGCUCCUGGACUGCUCCUUCGGCAGAGACCGCGCUGUGGCGCUGCCCGCCCUCCCCUACGCCGGACUGUACCACUCCAGCUACCAGGGCUGCGCCCAGAGCCAGCCCUUCAGCCAGGCCCUGCCUGUGGCCACGCCCCCAGUCUUACCGGCAGCUCCGCCCACGCCCUGCCUUCUCACAGAACUCCUGCAGGGGGAGCCAGAGGAGACGCAGCUCUGCGCCAGGGUGCUGGCCAGCCUGCAGCGGGAGCAGGCGAGCCGCGGGAAGCACGACUGCCUCAACACCUUCAGCAUCAUGUGCAAGAUGGCCGACCGCACGCUGUUCGCCCUGGUGGAGUGGGCCCGGAGCAGCGCCUUAUUCAAGGAGCUAAAGGUAGAGGACCAGAUGAGUCUGCUUCACAGCUGUUGGAGUGAGCUGCUGGUGUUGGAUCACCUGUACAGGCAGGUGGCAUAUGGAAAAGAUGGCAGCAUCUACCUGGUCACUGGGCAACAGAUCGACGUGUCCACCAUACUGUCCCAGGCCGGUCCCAUGCUGAGCAGUCUGGUGACCCGCUCACAGGACAUGGUGUCCAAACUCAGGACCCUGCAGAUGGACAGACAGAAGUUUGUGUGCCUAAAGUACCUCGUCCUCUUCAACCCAGACGUGAAGGCGGUGCAGGAUCGAGGGCUGGUCGAGCGGACUCAGGAGCGGGUGAACCGGGCCCUGAUGGCCCACGCCCUGCAGACACACUCCGGACACUCGGACACGUUCGGCCAGCUGCUCCUCAGGCUGCCGGAGGUGCGGAGCAUCAGCCUGCAGGUGGAGGAGUACCUGUACCAGCGCCACCUGCAGGGGGACCUGCCCUGCAACUCCCUGCUCACAGAGAUGCUGCACGCCAAGCAGGCCUGAGAACUGCCAUCGCCUGUCAGUCCCCACUGUGCUGUCCCUGUGAGCCACCAUUGUGCGCCAAUCAAGACCACACCCCACCUCUGACACACCCACGACUCUAUCGGGACUGGUCUCCGCCUCUAAACUAUCCUCCUGUCGGUCAAUGGGUGGCAGUGCUGGUGAAGGAACUGGCUUCGUAACCUAAAAGGGUUGCGGGUUCGAUUCCCACGCAGGGCACUGCCGUUGUACCCUUGAGCAAGGUACUAAUGGCCUUUCUGCAUUGCUUUAGUUAUAUAUCCAGCUGUAUAAACAGAUGCUAUGUAAAUAAGAAGCUGUGGGAGUCUGUUCAUGUCAAGGCCACACUCUGACUCUACACCACUGUCGCCUUUCAGCUAAAGCCAAGCUCCACUGACCAUCGUAUGUCACUGAACCAUCGCUAUGGCCCACCCCCACUCAUCUCAGAAGAACCAGUCUCCCUUUCCCUCCCUCCCCCCAUCAGGCACUUGGUGUGAAACCCAAGGAGAAACUGCCAAUGAAGAGAGACCGCCAAUAAAGAUAUCUCACCACU